ACGGACACAAUGUCAAAAAUUAUAGUAACAAAAGAAAACGUGUGGCAAUAUUUCGAAAAAGUGUCGGAUUACCAAGCAAAAUGCAGAAUUUGCGCACAAAAAUAUACUUACAUCAAACCAAUUUGCCAUCAGCAUAUAAAAAUAUAUCAUGUUGAAAUAUUUUAUUACGAAGAAGCAUGUAAAGAACGAGACGAAUGGAUUUGCUUCAACAUAUCAUUUACACCAAAAACAUGUUAACGAAGUGGAGAAUUACGUAUUUUACGAUUGGACAUGGAAAUAUUGUACGAGAAUUAGUGAUUUUCAAAUAAAAUGUACGGUGUGUACGCAGGAAUUAUAUAUUGGUUUUCCUCGUUAUUUAAAUAAACAUAUAGUAAGUAAACAUUCGGAAGAAUUGAGAAAUGCGCAAGAAACACGCGACAUAAUUCUUUCGUCAGAAUCCGUUAUGAAUUCAAACAUUAUGGAAGUUAAAGAAAACAUAUGGAAAUAUUAUACCAAAUUGCCGAAUUUUCGAACAAGAUGCAAAUUGCAAAAUUGCAACUAUGAAUGUAAUUAUAUUUCUUCUUCACACAUUUUUAUGCAUAUAGAGAACAAGCAUAAAGCAAUCUUUAAAUGGGAGAACGAACACAUCGAUCAAAAACCAUGGAUAUAUUUUAAGUAUUCGUUUGAAUAUAUUUCCGAUAAAGAGAUACCAUACUCAAAAUGUCUCAUGUGUGGUGAAUUCUUCCUGGUUGAUUGUGAAUCUACAACGACACAUCUGUUACAGAAGCAUUCUGAGGAAGAACUAAGUAAUUUUAUAGAUAACCCUUGGAUGAUGAAAUAUUUUAAAGUAAGUGAUGACACUCCAGAGAUCAAAUGUACUAUUUGUUGCAAAAACAUAACCAUUAAUAUUUUUCCUUUUGUGCCUAAUCAUAUAAUUGAAAAUCAUCCGAAAGAAUUGCAUUUUAAUAUAUCUACAAAAGAUAUGGAAAAACUGCGCAAAAAUUAUAUAUUAAAGGAUUUUCAAGCAAAAUGUCAAUUUUGCAACUUUCAAUCUUGUUACGUCAAUACAAUAAACUUUACUGAACACGUGAAAAAAGAACAUGAAGAAACAUACAAUCACGAAGCAGCACACGAACACACAUAUCCAUGGAUGUACUUCACGUAUUUUACUUCAUAUUACUUACAAUGUCGUUGCUGUGAUAAUGUUGUUGAGUGUAUUUAUGAUUUUUUAAUAACGCACUUGGACAAUCAUUCUUUUGAGUCUUUUCAUAACACAUUAUUUCGCAAGAGUGGCUGGGAACAGAAAUACUAUGCACAAAGUAGUGAUUUUUGA